CGGAGAGGAGGAGGAGAAGGAGGGGAGAAAGUCAGGCAGGUACUACUGGGCCUGGUGGUGGUAGUGGUGGUAGUGGUGGAAGGAGGCUUCUCGCCGGCCGCAUCCACAUUGACCAACACCUAAACUCCGGAAGGAUCGCACCUCAGCUCCGCAACCUACUACGUACAGUACGUACAGCCUGCACCCACAAACCCGCAGCCCACUCAGCGCACUACGGCAACGGCCACGAGGCUCCGCUGUCAGAUCUCAGAACGAGUCCGAGCUCGCGAUGCCCAGUCCGAAUGCGACGAGCGAGACAGAUGGAAGGAAAAAAGAACGAGAGCAGCUGGGUCACAGCUCACAACCACCCGCCAGACCGUGGUUCACACCACAUGCCAUGCAUGCACGUCUUGAGUGCUACCCCUACGCACGCUACGCCCUGAUUUCCUCUUCUCAAACACCACCAAACAGCUAUCGUGCUGUUGUGCUGUGCCUUGCCUCGAAGCAGCAUCGCGUCGUCCCCAAUCACGCUUUAUUAGCGGAGUUAGUACGACCUACGCCCGGCCUGACGCCGCCAAUUCCCCGUCCCCGAGCCAUCCGCCGGACAGCGAGACGCGGAUGCGCGAUGGGGGACGAGACCGGGGGAUGGCAGGUGGUAGGUGGGUUUGGUGGGCUCCGGACCCAACUCGCUAGCGUACCUGUCGCCGAGUUGCGAGCUUGUCUGCGGAUCGGAGACCACGAUCUAUCCGAGUCCGACGGGUUUGGAGCGAGCCGCAUCACUCUACUGCGGCGCGGCUGCCAAGUGCUGACGGGAAAGCUGUGGAAUGACGAGUGCACAGAUGGUGACGGACACACAGGCAGACAGCCAAGUUUGACGAGUCAGUCAACAAAGGAACGGUUUCAUUCACUCCCAUGCUCAGCCGGCUCGCCAUCUCAUAUCCCCGGUCCCCUAUCCCUGCGCGUCCGCACAUGGCAUUUGCCCACCCAACGCAAACGCCUCCCCGGAAGGCCACUAGCCCAUCCCACGCCUGCCACGCGAGUUCCAGGGCAGCCCAGGCCCGUGUAGAUGUCCCCUGUGGCACCAUAUCCGACCCGGAGCCAUCCCCCGUGGCUCGGCAGGGAUCCGGACCCUUCUCUGGCGCCCCCAAAGGUUCCCCCCAUGGCUCCAAUGUUCCAAUUGCUCCAAUGACGCAUACAGCGGGAUGCACAAAGUCCUGAUCGAAAGUAUUGUACUCGGUUCUGCAACAACUAAUCUGCAUUAGGGUACAGUAUAUUUAGGGGUUCGGGUUGGGGUGAGUAUCAAGAUCUUUAAGUCAGACCCUGCUGUAUAUAAGUAAAUCUUAGUAUAUAUAAAAC